UUCAGUUACUGUGGUGAGUUUGAAACGUGUACGCGGUCAAUUGAAAAUUUCUUCUCUCUUUUUGUUUCGUUUCUUGCAUCAAAAGUUUUUAAUGAACCGGCUUGGACUUUAGUACAUUUCGGUUAUUUGUGAGGUCAAGAUACAUCUUUCAAUAUUUGUUCAAUUUGACUGUUGCUCGGGUAGAAUUAAAGUCUUGAAAGUUAAUUUUCACACUGGAAACAUGGUCGUUAACAUUGAAAAAGUUCUCGUUUGUGAUGCUGUCGACAGUGCGUGCAUUCAAUUAUUGGAAUCAAAUGGGAUCAGUGUGGACACGAAACAAAAGCUAAGCAAGGAAGAACUAUGCAAAGAAGUGAAAAAUUAUGACGCUCUCAUCGUUCGUUCGGACACAAAAAUAACCGCCGAAGUACUUGCGGCUGGAGCCGGAUUCAUUAAAGUAGUGGGUCGAGCCGGAGCGGGAGUGGAUAAUAUUGAUAUCGAUGCAGCAACGAAAAACAAUGUGGUCGUUUUGAAUACACCAGGAGGAAACUCAAUUUCGGCUUGCGAAUUAACUUGUAUAUUAAUUGGCACACUAGCCCGACCCGUCGUCCCUGCUGCUGUGAGCAUGACAAAAGGUUUGUGGGAUCGUAAAUUGUAUUCCGGCUCCGAAUUGUACGGAAAAACGUUGGCCAUUCUUGGUUUGGGUCGCAUUGGUCGUGAGGUUUCGUUGCGAAUGAGGGCAUGGGGAAUGAGGAUUAUUGGUUUCGAUCCAAUCACAACCGAAGCGGAAGCUAAAGCAGCCGGAAUCGAGAAAAUGGAACUGGAGCAAAUUUGGCCAUUGGCUGAUUACAUUACCGUGCAUACGCCACUCAUUCCAUCAACUAAAGAUUUAAUAUGCACGGCAACCCUAUCGAAGUGCAAGAAAGGAGUUAAAAUAAUAAACGUCGCUCGCGGCGGGAUAGUUAACGAAGCAGAUUUACUGGGCAGUUUGGAAGCUGGACAUUGUGGUGGUGCUGCGAUUGAUGUAUACCCUGAAGAGCCGCCAAAAUCGGAGGUAACUAAAAAUUUGGUGAAACAUCCGAAAGUAGUUGCAACACCCCAUUUGGGAGCUUCAACUGGCGAGGCUCAGGUUCGUGUUGCUGUGGAAGUAGCAGAACAGUUUGUUGCAUUGACUGGUAAAACUGCCAAAUACACCGAUUAUUCGGGUGUUAUCAACCGUGAUGUUUUGAAAACAUAUUUGUAAGGGAGGAGCAGAGACGCUGUGAAGCUUUUUUUCGAAUUUGAAAUAAAAAUGAUUUAAAUUCUCAUGUCAUACAUAA